AUGUGGCGCCGAGCACGGCCAUGUGGCGCCGAGCGUUUGGAGAAGGGCGGCUUCGGACUGUGCCAUCCCUUCGGAGCCGACGCGGAUCUUCGUGAGGAACCGUGUCACUGGGCGGAGUCCGCUGCGGAGCCGCAGCUGAAGACGGCCUUUGAGAUGCGCUCCGAGAGGCAUAUCAAGGCCAAGGAGCUUUGCUCCGGUCUUUUGAAGUUCGGUGGCCUCUACUGCGCUGAGCAGCUCCGCGAGCUCUUGAACAAGAUGGAAGAGAGCCUCGAGGGGGAAAAGAUCGUUCCGGUGCAGUUCUACGAGUUCUUGGUGUGCUGCCGGCGAUUGCAGGACAUGGUGCUGAACUCAGCCAUGGAGGAGUUCGAUAAUUUGGAUGCAGAUGAGGAUGGCAUUAUUGAGGGCGAAGAACUUCGAGAAUUCUGCAAACCCUUGGGCUUCACGCUCUCCAACGAUGAAUGGGAAGAGCUUCUUGAAGAGCAGGAGGUCUCCCCAGACGAUGACAUCGACUUCGAGGGAGCCUGGAACUUUUUGAAAGGCCCAGUGCUUUCAUCCUUGUGCGGAUUGCUCAACGGUUGGACGGAUAGAAGACGGAGCUUCGCUUCGCGCACCGGGCCCAUGGGGAAUUUAUUGGUGGAAACGUGUGCAGAGGAAGAAUGGCUUCACUCAAACGGAGCAGGAGGAGUUGGACGAAGCCUUUCAUCGCUUCAGCGAUGA